CACGAUAUUCGAUGUUGCUAUGAUGUUUGAAGUAUGGCGGAAGAAUCUGUUAUUGUCAAAUAAAAGCGAUUAAACACAUGUAUUGCUGGUUUGAACUUAACAAAUCAGAAAACGUAUCGAACAAAGGAAGAAAGAUAAACGAUUAAUGGGCGAGAGAAGGCAGGACGUUUUAAGCAUAUAGGCCGUUCAGACUCGACAACUUUUCAAAAUAGAGUUGUGUUUUAUCGAAGAAGUAUUCUCUAUACUGUAGCUAAUGUGAAGUCCCAGAAAAAUAUGUCGAAUUUUGUUGGAAAAUUGGAAGUGCCGUCGGAGUCACGUUUAGAAGUAUCGACUAAAUUACAUGGCCUACUCAAAGGACAUGAUGAAAUAGUUAAUUAUCCUUUGAUGCUUCUAUGCGGAACUCUUAAGUUUAACGGAGGAAAUAGAACUUCUAACAGCACUGAUAGGACUGUAGCAAGAAUUGGAAAUAUAAAAAAGGAAUAUGUUGAAAUAGAGAAAGACUCCCAAGGAUCAGAUUUCGAGGACAAUAUGGAAAGCCUAUCUGAAGUACAAAGUGGGCAGCAGUUCAAAGAUGAAACAGGCGAAAAAGUUGAUUUUUCAAGUGAAGAUCCUAAGAUACAACAGGGUUCAGAGAUAGAGAGUCCAGCAAUGAAUAGUGCCAAGGGUUUGGUUAAAAGACCAAACGAUAGUUCUGAUUCAGGCUGUGAGGUGCAAAUGAAAGUAAAGUGUACACCUCAUAUAGUUACCUGCAACAGCAAGCCAUCUUGUCACUCUCUCAGUUGGCCUGUUUUGGAAAGCGGAGUUACAAAAAUGUUUGUGCCAUUAAAGGAGGGUAAAAAUCUUAUAACUGUUAGAAAAGAAGAAACCAAUGACAGUCAAGCUGAUUUGGUUGUUACCUACGAGCCAAUGAAAAAUAAAAGAUUUGUAAGACCUGUGUAUGUGAUUUGCACUGACUCAGAUGGCAGCUUUGAUGCCCCCAUCGGAGAAGACAAUUCAGUAGAGAGCGCAAAACAGAGAAUAUCUUUUAAUGCAAGAAUUUUGCAAACAUUCACAGCAGAGAACUUGAAUUGUCAUGGAUUUGGCAGAAGAACCUUUAGAAUGGAAGAAGAUGAAGAUGGAAAUGUGAAAGUGAAUUUGUUUGAAAGCAAACUCAAGCUGGAAAAAGCACUUUCAAUGACAGGACCAGAGUUGUAUAGUUAUUUUCACGAAGAGCUUAAAGAAUCCAGCCUCUAUGAUCCACUUUGCAAAUUGUGGGUCUUUAUGUCUUGCACUCGAUACAAACCACCAGAUGAAGAGUUUGAUGAUAGUUACGCCAGCAUUCCACGCUAUGUGAAAGGGCAUACUGCACUUGGAGGUGGAAAUAUGGCACUCUUUGGCACAGGUGGAUUGCACAACUGGGCCAAAAGCUUAGAAGAACUUAUCAGCAGAUUUACAGAUUGCCAAAAAGUCGACAGAAAGUGUCUUUUUGACGACAGUUUUCGCAGAGGCUACUACUGGGCAAAUUACUCUACAACGCUUGGGGCAGCUAUGCAUGAGUUGGGCCACACCUUUAAUCUUCCACAUACUCCAUCUGGAAUUAUGGGAAGAGGAUUUGAUGACAUGUAUCAGUUUUUCUUGAGUCACCAAGGUAAUGAUAUUCAGAGUAAAAGUACAGCCACUUCGUUGUCCACGGAACCAUACAAAGAUGGCGGCGCUCACUGGCAUCGCUCUUCUGCUGCAAUUCUUUCUUGUUCAAGGUGGAUAGGAGAUCGUUCUGAAGAUGAAACACCAGUCGAGUUGCCUGUGCCAAUCGUUUUCAUGUCGGCAAAUAAACGCGGGCCAGUUGGAGGAAACACAGAUGAAACUCCUGCUUUAAAAAGGACACUCUUCAAUUCUUUUAGUUGGUUGAAAAGCGAUAAUCUUGUCUUGAGGGGCUUUCGAUUACGGGCGAGCAAAUAUAUUGACGCUAUUCAGAUUAUUGGAAGCAAAAAUUAUUCAAAUGAUCAAGAUGAAUCUACUCUCGUUAAUUCAAAGUGGUUUGGAAAUGCGGAAAGUGAAGGGAAGACCCACGAGUUCUUGAUUACAAGUGAGGAGGAAGCACUUGUCUCUUUCGACGUAAGGGCUGGAGACUGGGUCGACGCGAUCAGGUUUCAUUCGUCGCAUAAAAGCUCUGUUUGGUUUGGUGGCCAUGGUGGGAGUCUUUACCGGUUAUGUUUUGAUGACGGGCAAUCUUGUGACGGAAUAUUUGGCACUGCUAAUGAAAAUAAUGUUCUAAGUUUGGGAGCAAUAAGGGAAAGUCCGUCUGAGGCAGAGAGCGACAACGGCCUAUGCUUCUUCUCUUCAGACUUCGGAAUUCGCGUUGUGGAGUUGCGAAGGAAAGAUGGAGAGUCUAUGAGACACUGGGAAUACCUCGACGGGUCGCCGAUAAAAACUAUUGGAAUUACGAAAAAAGAUUUGUUUAUAGAGAAAGCGAGUUCCGUUGCAGUUUACGAUGGCUGUGGCGAGUGUGGUGUGUACAAUGUUGACGAUUUGCUAAAUCUGGACGCUUAACGAUAAUAAAUUGUAGCACGGGCGUUCAACGCACUGUUAUUAAGAAUUUGUUUUUAACAUACAAAUGCUAAAGCGAUACCCACAGGA